GUCUCAAAUAUCACGGCUCAGCGGGUCACAAAGGACUCUGAUUUCUGUCUCGGUCAAGAAAUCGUGAUCGUAGAUUUUUCAUUGAAGAUCGCGAUCUUUCGUGUCCAUUAUUAGCUGAAUUUUCAAGGAAAUGGCAGGAAAAGAGAGUAUUUACAGAUCAGAGACGUCAUUAGAUUCUACAGGACGGGCCAUGGAGUGGAACAGAAAUCCACUUCGAAUUUCAGGUGCUCAAAGUUUUGACGUCUCACCGCAAAAUUAUGCUGAAAGUAUUCUAAACGUUGGCUCACCGCAGAGACGAAUUAAUCCCGUCUUGUCAUCAUCUCACAGCCACAGAAAUGGAUUUUCUAAGAGCAUGUUCGAUCUUUCUUCAUCGAGAAACGGGUCUCGAAAGAGCGUUAUGUUCGAAGAAGAUAUCUUCGAGCAUAAAGAGAUGUUACAACGAGCUAGGAAUCGCUUCAAAGAACUGGAACUUAAGUACCCUGAGAUAUUUAAGAAUUCUAGAACUUCUUCGGUGUUAUCUUCCUCAGAGUCGCCAAAUUCUGGGAGCAUUGAUCAAUCAGAGUCGUUUGAACUGAAAGCAGUGGAGCGUCAAGAUAUACAAACAUCAAAAACAGAUACAUUACAAGUGCUAGGAAGUGGGGAAAAUGAUUAUAACCCUUCCACCGCUGUUGCUAUAUCAAGACGAAGACCGCCACCUCUCUCAGUGGCUAUGAAACUCCACAAUCUUGAGGACAGUUACGAUAGUGCGUUCGAUGAAAUCGACCACGAUCGCGACUCGGUGAAUUCGAAAACGUCCCACGAACCCACACCAACCUGUUUGGGUGUUAAUAAACACUUUCUUUACCCCGGGGAUAGCGUGGAAUCGGACAAGGAUAGCGGAAUAUCGACAGAUCGUACUCCAAAUUCGAGAACUGUCAAACCAGUAGUAUCCGCAGAAAUGGGUCUAAAGGGUACGCAAACACUUCCGACGAAAUCGCAAAGUUUGAUUGCGUUGUCGUCGUCAAGGAGGAAUUCCCUAGAGUAUUUAAGCUCUGCCUCUGAUUUUAAUGCAAAGAGGGUAGACCGCCGAGGAAUUCUCAAAUCUGUCGCUUACAGAAAUCAGGAAAUCAAAUCUGAAAGCUUGGAUAGCCCUGGUUUUGCGGCCAACCAUAUUCACUGCAAUCAAGGAAGGCAAAGUCGAAGUGGGUCCUUGUCUAUUGGCAACAAUCGGAGGGGUGAGUUCUCGGUUAAAUUAUAUUAUUGUUGUAGUUCGCGACUUCUCACCUCUUUAACUGUCUCUUUCCACUCGGUGUUUAUUGGUGCAACUUUGGUUUCCCCCCGCAAAUACUAAAUAAUCCAAGUUUUGCAAUAAUUCAGAAGAUUGAUGUGAUCGAUGUGUGGCAUAUAAUCAUGAUCCCUUCGUUUGGGAGCGUGUAAAAAAUUGUAGCAUUCAGAACUGUAUUCGCUUUAGUUUUGUCUCGAAAAAGUGGCUUAAACUAACUAUCCAAUUCGCCCAAAAGCCAGAAAGUUUAACCUCGGUAUUUACAGUUGGUUAGCUUAAUUUUCUACGUCUAGUCCAUAAAUCAAAGGCAAAGGUUACGUUAAUGUAUUGCUACCUAAGAGUUGUCAAACAUACACACACAAAGAAAAACACAGUCGACAACAUAUAAUAGAGUAAAUUUUACUGUUUCGGAACUGUUUCUAUUUUUGAUUCCUGUGCUAUUUAUAAAAAUUGUAUUUUCAGAAUCGCGAAAGCACACAUUAAAAUGAUAUUCAUGGUGAUUUGUCACUUGGGGGCAUCCUUAUAACAGGAAACACCAUCAAAUAAUGCUCUUCAAAUUUAAAUAUCGGCAAAAUUCACUUAUUUGAGGGACUGAUAUUUCUGGUGAAAACUCGAUUAAAUGAGUCUCUUCAUGCUGAUAUGAUUUUUUUACGUACACUGUAAAUUUUUUUAUAAGCAAAGUUCGAAAGCGAUUGCUAGAUACUCUUUUGGUCUUCCGGUAAUCGGCCAUCGUUUCCGUGGAUUGACGCAAAAGUAAUGUUUUGUGUUUCAUUAGAUGCCCGUCUAAAAAUAAAGUUAGACCCACAAUUGUAGAGAACGAUCCGUCUGUGUUUGCUUUUAUCCUCUUCCAGCCCGGAGCACCGAGAAAGUUUCCACUUAUUUUAAAAUCGAAGCUUGCAGCAAAAUUUCGUGCAUGUCGCACUCGCCCUAUGAUCUGUUAAAAGCAAUUUACCAAUCUAUCAAUGGCCGAUCUUUUUAUCGAAUGUUUAUUCAGUGAUUACUUGAAAAGCGGUAUAAAAUUAGUUGUGGAGUGAAAAAAGGGCCGAUUUAUUGUGGGGCAAAAAGCAUACAGCUCUCGUAUUUAUUCGAUAAUGGCAACAUUUACUGCCGGGAAACUAUGAUUGGCCGCGUAUUUGACUAAUUUGUUACUUUCAUAUUUAGAGAAUCUGCCUUUUAGCCAGGUGUUGUAAAAAAACAAAAUUGAAUCGACUCGACACUAAUUUUAUUUAAGUUUUAUAGACAAGGAGCGUAUUUUUUUAUGUACGCUAAGAUAACUUCAUUGUCAGUUUAAAGCAAUUUUAACCGACGUGCUUGUGAAUAAAUUGAUUUUAGAACGCCUUGCUCGGUAUGAUCUAUAUAUAUAUUGUGGCGAGUAAGAAAUUUCCUCUUACGCAAAGAUGUGAUUGUUUAUGUAAAUAAUUUACUUAUACACGCUUAAAAUACACCAGUUUACGUCUUUCAGAUAUUUUUGGAAGAAUAUCAGGAUGCGUGAAUUAAAGAUUGUAAAAAACCUAUUUAAAAUUGACCGGAACAUUUCCACUUUCAUUAAAAAACAUAGAAUGUUUUUUUUUCCGUCUGAAGAGACUAAGGAGGAAGGAAGUGAAGUAUAUUAAAUCUUACUGUAUUCGAAAUUAGGCUGUGAAAAUUACAAAUAAUUGAACUCCGAUUGCAACACAUCCUAGGAAGGCUAUAUAUUGUAAUUUUCGAACGCAAAAAGCGCUGAAGUAAUUGCACCCUCGAUCAAGUGUUCUUUUUUCGGGGAGCGUGAAAGUCGCAGGUUCAAAAUAGAGUUAACACGCUUGCUGGUACCGAUUUUAACGUUAACAGCGAGCGGAGAAAUGAUUCAAAAUUUUAUUAAAAUAGCACGUCAUUUUUUGGGGGACGGACUGUGAACAAAGUUAAUUACAGUUGCUCAAAAAAAAGAGAGGAAAAUUAAAUGAUGGACCUAAAUACUCUUGGCAAUAAUAUUAACAUAGUUAGCUUUUGGUGUUGUUUUUUUUUUUCAAUACAGUACACAUUUAUUUGUAGUAUAGUUGGCAUCUAGUUCGUUCAAAUUGAGCUUUCCUCAUUGAAGUCAGAGUAUAAAAAGCAUAGUGCGUGUACACAGCAACAAAAAGGCAGUUGUGCAACACGCCUUGAACUCUCACAUUUAGCAAUAUUAGGUGCAUCAGUAAUGCUCUUAAAAGCAUUUAAGUCGAGCUUGCUUGGGGACUAGAUAAGAAAUGAGGAAGCAACUAAUUCUACGCAAACAGGAUUUCCUCAUUAAAAGUUUUUCAUGUCCUACUCUAUCGACAGUCAAGUAUUCUUCAGGAUAUUUACUUUUUACAUCUCAUUCGGUGAUUUGUUUCUGAAUUGAUUGAAUUGAGUACACAUGUAUAAAUACACGAAAAUCAAUGCCCUCAAUUUGAGAGAAAUUUCAUCAUUGCCAAAGAGCAAAAACCUCAUUUCAAUCAUCACCGAAAAUAAACUGCAUGCUCAUCACAAGACUCAUUUGCAUACGAUGAAAGUUUUACAACACCCAACCACAAAGUUUUGCUCAUUAAGAUUGUUCUUUUUUUACCACUGAAGUAUUCACUUGUUCCAAAGUAAUCAAAGCUUUCAAGCAAUAGAAUUUCUAGACCAACCUGUUCGGAAAAGCUUGUCAUCUUUAACAUUGAUCUUUCCUAAGCUUUCUUCACAAAACAUACAUGGCACUCUGGAAAAUUUUUGUAUGUUGUUAGUCACAUUGCAAUAUUCUUACCCCCAGUUUCCACGGUCUCCGCUAGGAAUGCCUGGGAUCGUGAUUCCCCUCUUUUGGCUCGCCCAAACACACACAAAAAAGAAAAGAAAUGCUUGCAUUUUUAGAGUAUCACUGUUAAAGCAUGCUUGACUAAAAAAUAAAACCUGUUAAAAAAUCUUUAACCUUUAACCAUGCAUGUAUGGUGAAAACCUGUGUUGAGCAGACACAUCGGUGCAAUGUUCAUUAAAUGUAGAGGCGUUGGCUUAAUAUGAAUUGUGUAAAGGGGAUAUGGAGACAGCAGUUUGGGAGUUACUGGUUUUGCCAGUUGAACACAGUUUGCCCAUUUAACAUGGGGUUCUCUCAAAACAGGUUUUACUGUAGUCUAGUCUUAGCCUGUGUUGCUUGCAGAUGUAAUCUAACGCCAGUAAGUAAUGUCUGCGAAGCAGCACCAAAAUCCUUGUUCUGGCCCCCCAAACAGACUCAAUGAAAUUCAAAAUUAAUCCACCAACCAAGUAUGUUGAUUUAUGCUUCCAAAAGCGCAACAUUCAAAGUAGUAAUGUAUUGGGAUAGAAUUUUCCUUGAUUAACAAAUUUCUUUGCUUUUCUAAACAGGUUCAAGUAUCUAUCGCCGGAGCAUUUUUUCUGAAAGUCAUAGUUUUAGCGGCAGUCAAGAUGAAACUGAUUCUGAUGCUGAAACUGUUUGUAGUGUGCAGAGUGAAUUUAUACUGCGACCACAUAUGUCGGCACGUCAAAGAUACUUCAGCACCUACAAUCUUAAUCCAAUUUCUGAGAUCACAUCUGAUCCAAGAGACAUUAUGGUAAAUCACAAAUGGAGGAGCAUGCCGGAGCUCGCAAGGAGCAACAGUCUUGGAAGUAGUGGUGACUUCCUUCAUGUUGGCUUUGAUGAAAAAAAGCCAAAGAAAAAGAGGCGUAAGUUUGGGCGUCGAUCUGGUCUGUAUAUUGUAAAUGAUGUACCAGUUAGUGAGAAGCCCAGGCUGUCUAUAGACAAGGGGAAAAGCAAAAGUAAGAUUUUCAGCAAGAAAUCAAAGAAACAAUCUUUACAUGUCAAUGAGCUGACCAAAAAAUGGUUUGACUCUCGAACAGCUGUGAGCCGGCCUACUGGGGGCCAGAGCUUGGGAAGAAUUGUGGCAAUGCGAGAAGACCUGGGAAGUGCUUAUGUUUUGGAAUUGCAACGAUGCCCCGGUGGAUUAUUUGGAUUUUUUAUUCAGAAAGGUUUCAAUCAGUACAGGAAAGGAGUGUUUGUAAGCCGUAUUAUGGACGGUGCUUCAGCAAAAUUCAUGGCAGGACUUCUUAAUCCUGGUGAUGAGAUUCUUGAGAUCAAUGGAGAGAACACAUCCUGCAAGACUAUGUCAGAAGUCCAUAACAUCCUUGCAAACUCUGACAAACUGAAUUUGACUGUGUUACCCAUCUUAGGUCGUAAAGACUGGUAGCUUUAUAGUAGCAUUUUACAAGUAGGAUAUGAAUUUAAUGUAUUAUAAAAAAAAUAGUAAUAAUUUAUUUCAUACCAUUUGCUAUAAAUAUUGGUCACCGAUCAAGGAAAGCAAAAAUCCUUUCUACUGAUCCUAUUUUAUCAUCGUAGACUAAAAUCUAAAAAUUGAAUAUUUGCUUCUUAAAGAAAUGUAAAUUGAAUGUGACUCAAAUCUUAUCAGGUUAUGAGCCUUUUAUGCUAAGUGUAUCUCACUGUCUGCACUUCUGGUGAAGAUAUUUUUAAUGUAUUUGAAUGUGUUUGAUUAGGGAGGCAUGCUUGUAAUAUAAUAAUUAUUAUAGCAAGCAUUAGGCGAAUGUUUAUUUAUGAAUGUCCCUAAUAAUAGUUCUGUGAAGAAUUUGACUUCAAUUUUUUUACCUAUGACUAGCACUUAAUAUUUGAUGACUAUUCUUAUAUAUGCUUCACUACUUCAGGGCUGAAGGCCAGGAAGUUUUGCCAUGGCUUCUUUAAGCAUAGCCCCCAGCUACUCUUACAGGAAAUAGAAGCAAAUAAAAAAAGAACUUCCUGGGUGUUGAAUUCUCCACCUGCUUCAGUCAAAAUACUCAGAACACAAAAUAUAUGAUUUUUCAUUCACAGAUAUAAUUCUGCGGGCUGGAAGCAUUGUAGUUUCUCGUAAAAUUGUCUUCUUCAGUGCUUUCAAUUUUACAAAUUUAUUUUUGUCCUUGUAUAAUAAAACACGAAAGAAAAAAAUUACAAUUUAUUUAACAGAAAACAUUGCUUCAUGUGAUUGUACAUUUUGAUAUUGAAUAUACCUCUGCUUGACAGACAAAUCUAAAUUUUUCCUCAUUAACCACAGUUGUGAAACUUGACAAUAUCAUACAUAUAAUUUAUACCAGCUUUAGUCGUCUAAAAUCUUGGUUGGUUUGGUCCUUUUUAUUAGCAGGGUGGUCCAGACGUAUAGGAACUCCACUUGAAGCAAGUAGUAAUAAAUUAAAUUGAAGGAAGUUUGAAUCACAGGUUCAUGAAAAGAAUUUGUUAUUUUUUGAACUAGUAACUUAUAUCUUACACUACCUAUUGAUUGAUUGUAACACAUUUUCAUGCACAAUGAAUUAAUAUUUUUGUGAAUUUCUAUUUGUGCUCACCACUUUUGAUUUUCACAAUUACAUUCGACAGUUUACUGAAUAGUUAGUGGAUUUAUUUACCUUUUAAUUACACAGACACUAAACAUUUCCAUACCACAUGUACAAAAAUUUCUGCCAACCAAGGCUCAAUGUUACCAUAAAUAGCUGUUAUUUAAAACACUGCCUGUUUUAACUCGAUAUUUAGUAAUGUAUAAGUGAAAGCAAAAAUAUUUUUGUUUAAAAUAAGUGGUUUUAAGACUUUGUCUUAUGUGGAAUGACAAAUUCAACAUUUGCAGAUUUAUAGAACUGAAGUAAACUUAAUUAAUUUAUACUGGUUCUAUUAAGAUACAAGCAUGUAUCAAAUAGGCUAAUCUGUAAAUAAAUAGUACUGUUGGAUCAGUAUCAUGGUAUUUGGUUUGUCAAACUUGGGUUAAAAAAUCUCA